AUGGGCACUCUCACGGUACUGAACUGUCUCGGAUACACGGGAGCGUUUAGCUUAUAUAGUCGCGCGCGGCGGCUCUUCCAACACGAACUUCUGGCCGAGAUCGGCCGCGUUCUCCGCUGUUUCUCGAAUGUCGGAAGAACUGGUGGCGCGCAGGAGCUGGGGCUCACCUCUUACUGCAUCAAUCGCUACGGCAGUAUCAUCCACGAAUUUCUACACGCUCUAGGCUUCCACCAUCAGCACAGCACACACGACAGAGAUAACUGGGUGGAAAUUAUCUGGGACAACAUUGAACCAGGGUUUGAGCACAACUUCAAAAAGUACGACGUGGCUACGGUGACGCAGUUUAGCGAGAUGUACGACUACUACUCGAUAAUGCACUACAGCGCCUACGCCUUCACCUCCAAUGGCAAGCCAACCAUCAAACCGCUGCAGGAGAUUGGAUACGAAAUCGGACAACGAGACGGCUUCUCCUAUACCGACAUCGCCAAGCUAAACGCAAUGUACGGUUGUCGUAUUCCCGCUUAGUAUAGCCUACACCUCUCGCGGGUCAUAAAUGCAUCUCUCUAUAAAUCGAUGAUGAUCACGUACACCUAUCUAUAUACCUAUGAUAAUCAAUCGCACAGCAGCCUAUAAAUCUGUGCUAGUCACAUGAUCACACCCCUGUCUCUAUAAAGCAAAAAUAAUCACACGCUUGCCUAUAACGCCGUGAUCAUGAGCAUAUAUGUUUUUAGUGAGCCACAAUAACGAUGAAUUUGCGUUGAACGUUGAUUAAUAGGUAGUAAUACCUGCAAACCCGUGACAACGACAGCACGAUUGGCGCUUAUAAAGCAUCCACGUACCAUUUUGUAAUAAUUAUGAUAAAUUAUUAAAAGAAACAUGAUUGAAAUUGAUAGUAAAUAAGUUCUAUGGUUACUGUUAUGUGUGAUUAUAGUCACCGUUUCACGCGGGUUUGGUUUAUGUA